GGUAAAUGUAUGGUGUGUGACUGAAUGGUCGCUGACCAGAAGUGAAGAUCAACAUGAAAUCGAGGGGAUCGAAAGAUAUUACGAAGGAUCCAUCGAACACUGCCUUCACCAACGGCACAGAUGGGGGAAACAAAAUCGAGUUGAAACGCCGGAUUACCUUGUUCAAUGGUGUCGCCAUCAUCGUCGGUUCUAUCGUGGGCUCAGGCAUUUUCGUGUCGCCAAAAGGGGUGUUGAACGGUGCUGGGACGGUGGGUUUAUCACUGAUAAUAUGGGCAGCUUGUGGAUUACUCUCUUUGAUUGGAGCGCUAUGUUACGCCGAGCUUGGGACAACCAUCACAUCAUCAGGGGGAGAUUACGCCUACAUCAUGGAGGCUUUUGGUCCAUUCCUUGCCUUUCUUCAACUCUGGGUCAACCUAAUUAUCAUCCGACCUUCAGCCCAAGCCAUUGUGGCCUUGACCUUUGCCUUUUAUGCUCUCCAGCCAGUGUUCGCAACCUGUGAGCCUCCAGACUUGGCUGUUAAGCUGCUGGCAGCUGUCUGUAUAUGUAUUCUUACCUUUGUGAACAUCUACAGUGUUAGAGCUGCCACUCGCAUCCAGGAUAUCUUCACCACAGCCAAGAUUUUGGCCUUGAUUAUAAUCAUCAUCACAGGCCUGGUUAUGAUUGGAAAAGGAGAAAUCGAGCACUUUGAGAAUGCCUUUGAGGAUCCUGUGAAUGAAUUAUCGGUGGGGAGUGUGUCCAUCUCACUUUAUUCUGGACUGUUUGCAUAUGCUGGGUGGAAUUUCCUUAAUUUUGUAACAGAGGAAAUGAAGGAUCCAUUUAAAAACCUACCUCGUGCUAUCUACAUAUCGGUACCACUGGUGACCCUUGUCUACGUCAUGGCUAAUGUGGCAUACUUCUCUCUGGUGUCUCCUCGAGAGAUGAUGGAAUCCAACGCAGUUGCUGUUACUUUUGGUGAUAAAGUAUUUGGUGUUAUGGCAUGGAUCAUCCCAGUCUUUGUGGCACUCUCCACUUUUGGAGGCGUGAAUGGUAUGCUCUUCACAUCUGGCAGGCUAUUUUAUGUUGGUGCUAGAGAAGGUCAUCUACCAGAUUUCUUUGCCAUGAUUCAGAGGAAACGGUUCACGCCAAUGCCAGCCAUAUUGUUCACAGGUGUGAUAUCUCUGCUUUACCUGAUAUCCAAUGACAUCUAUGCUCUGAUCAACUACAUGAGCUUUGUUCAGUGGCUGUCAGUGGGCAUGUCUAUCCUGGGCAUGAUGAUUCUUCGACACACGCGACCUAACAUCCCCAGGCCUAUAAAGUUGAACCCUCUGAUUCCAUGGACGUUCCUAGCUGCCUGUGUCUUCCUGCUGAUUGUGCCCCUGUAUGCUGCCCCCAGGGACACGGGCAUAGGGGUGGCCAUCAUCUGCUCUGGUAUCCCUGUUUACAUCAUUGGGGUGAUGUGGAAGAAGAAGCCGAAGUCUAUCACAAACUUUGUCACCAAGCUGACAAUAUUAGGCCAGAAGAUGUGCGAUGUGGUACCACAGGAGAUUGAAAAACCCACAGCCUUGUAGUCCAUGGCACGAAAUGAUGGAGGGAGUGACAGGUGUGGGCAGAUUGAGGCGUGGAAAAUGGGAAAUCUGCUUUACCCGUCACUGCUGUAGUCAACAGUCCUUCUAGUACAGCUGUUAUGGAACAGAGAACAAAACUUCUUGCUAUCAGUGACCAUUGGUCAGUAGCUAUCCAGUUAAUUUUUUAGGCAUUUGUUUUUAUGUCUGCAUGCAUUUUUAACAUUGUUAUAUAAUACUUGACUAUUAACCCUCAGAAAGUGACCGAUAUGCUUAAGCCUUCGG